AUGCCGCAGCCCUCGUCGCGCCUGCAACAGCACCUCUCCGCUGAUGAUAUCCCGGGCCUCUACCCCUCUGACAGCCUUUCUCUGGCCGUGCCCGCUACAGACGAGUCCGGCAGACCUCCCGUUAUAAAGCAUGUCUCUGCGCCCGCUUAUCAGAGUCCCUUGCGCCACCACCGUCGCGCUCCCUCUACCAGCAGGGAAAUCAAAGAGACGUUGAACGCGCGCUCCGAAUACAGCAACAGCGAAGACGAUGGCACAGCCCAGCAUCGCAUCAACCAGUACAUAAUCGAUCAGGAGAUCGGGAGGGGCUCUUUUGGCGCCGUUCACCUGGCAGUCGACCAAUAUGGAAACGAAUAUGCCGUCAAAGAAUUUUCAAAAUCAAGGUUGCGCAAACGGGCGCAGUCAAACAUGCUUCGCAGCCCGGGCGUGAGGCAUCGCAAGAACCAGUACUCCGCUGGCCGCGGCUUCAACCUCCCUCUCCACCGUCACUCCGGCAGCGAACCUAAUAACUCCCUAGACCUCAUCAAGGAGGAAAUUGCUGUCAUGAAGAAGCUCAAUCACCCCAAUCUAGUGUCAUUGAUCGAGGUGCUCGACGACCCGGACGAGGACUCGUUGUAUAUGGUGCUAGAGAUCUGCAAAAAGGGCGUCGUCAUGCGCGUGGGCCUGGAUGAGAGAGCAGAUCCGUACGAGGACGAGCAGUGCCGAUGCUGGUUCCGAGACAUGAUCCUUGGUAUUGAGUACUUGCAUGCUCAGGGCAUCAUUCAUCGCGAUAUCAAGCCCGACAAUUGUCUGAUUACCGACGAUGAUGUGCUGAAAAUCGUCGACUUUGGCGUCUCUGAAAUGUUCGAGAAGGACUCGGAGAUGAAGACUAAAAAGUCGGCUGGCUCUCCUGCGUUUAUGCCUCCUGAACUUUGCGUCCCGAAGCAUGGCGACGUGUCCGGCAAAGCCGCUGACAUUUGGUCAAUGGGUGUCACGCUGUACUGCUUGCGCUUUGGGCGGAUACCGUUCGAGAAGACAGGCAUGAUUGAGCUCUAUGACGCAAUCAGGAGCGACAAUGUUACGUUGGAAGAGUGCGAAGAAGACUUUGCUGAUCUAAUGUAUCGGAUACUGGAGAAAGAUCCGGACAAACGCAUUACCAUGGAUGAGCUGAGGAACCAUCCCUGGGUGACCCGGAGAGGAACGGACUGCCUUUUGCCCAAGGAAGAGAACAUCGCCACUAUUAUCGAACCCCCUACGGAAGAAGAAGUCAAUGCCGCCAUCACGGGGAACAUGGGUCAUUUGAUCACUGUGAUGAAAGCUGUAAAACGCUUUAAGCAGCUGCUCUUCAAGAAGCGGCCUGACUUGAUGCAAGGAAUCUUUGGUCACCGCAUGGUUGCACCCCCGCUUUCCAUGCGUCCGUACGUCGGAAGGUCGAAGAGCGAAGCGACAGACAACAGGCUGUGCGUGGAGAGCACGCUAGCCACAGAGGGGGUCCAUCACGACAUUGAGGCGUCGCCGAAGAUCGAACAGCUGGCGGAUCAACUCCACGAGGCAGGCGUCGCAACACCUGGGAGUGCGGGACAGUCGCCAAGGCUGGAUCCUCGAGACACGCAGUCAUCGCUGACUUCUGCUGAGCCGCGAACGCCGCGACAGGAGAUUGGCAAAGGACAGGCUCAUGAUCCGUUAGAAGACCAGUUAUUUCUUGACCUCAACUGCCCCGCAGGAGAGGAGGUGCCUCCUGAUCAACCGCAUGUGGUGUGCGAAUCGCCAGGUGCGGUGGACAUCGACGUGUACGAAAAGGCUUACGAGGAAGAAGUGCAAAGAAUCAUGGCUCAGCGCGGGCAGAGGCGGCCGACACUCUAUCUCACCCGGCGGGUGGAGGGCAAGGAAUCGAUCCGGCGCAAUCCGAGUCUUCUGGAUGCCUUGCAGUUGGGCAGCGAAGGCCCCAAGCCUGCAGUGGCGGCGCUAGCCAAGCUGGUCGAGAAAGCCAAGAACAACGCGCAGAGCGAGGCGGGCGAGGGUUCUGGGGAAAGGGAGGCCUGA